AGCAUAAUAUAAUCUUCAAUUCAUUUUCGUCUACCGAUCGUAUCAUAGCAUUUCCAAGUUCACAGCCGCUACUCCAUUGUACCCAGCCGCUCUUCAGUCUAUCCCGAAAUGUCUUACAAGCCCCCAACGGGCCCUCCACCCAACCGCAAUACCAGCAACAAUCCUUUUGCCGAUGGCGGUUCUGCCAGUUCAAGCAAUGCAAACCCAAUUCCGGCACAAGGUCUUCCAGAAGACCAAAUACCUUCAGACCCCCCACCGGCCUACACCCCCUCAGCAAACAUGUCCGGAUCGACCACAGUUGCGUCAGGACCAUCGCAUGUAGACUUCUCAGGUCCCCCACCGAUGCCAGAUAGAAUUGCCAACCAGCAAACAGGAGUCGGAGUGAAUGUAACAGGGGUCGGGAUGGGGUACGGUCAUGGAGGCGGACAUCAUGGAUGGGGAGGGGGAUCCGAAGACUACUCUGGACCUACAAACACCGAAGGGCUGAGCAAGCCGCAUCUACCACCUCGUAAUAAUUCAUCGGCAUCAAGCCGGCCGCCGCCUCCCCUCCCUUCUCGAGCACAGCCGCAGAACUUGACGCCGACCGAAGUGCCAACACCUGGUAGGCCUCUGUUGCGCAGAGGGCAACUUCUUGUCUAUCCUAAAGGCCACUGGUGUCCCAAGUGCCAGAAUACAGGGUACAAAUCAUCGGACCCAUCUAAUCCUCACGAGAGCGACUGGAGAAAAUACGGUAAACCGUAUAACUCGGCGCUCGCCCAUUCGUACACUAGUAUGAUAUCCAACUCCGACCCCGCUCAAGGUGUCAACGCCAGCACGGCAGCUUCAUCCAACUUUCAGCGCCCUCUUCCCUCUUACUCCCCCGCAGGUAGCUCCAGCGCCGGAUCUAAUACGUAUGCGCAUUUGCCACCGCCUCCAGGAAAGUGGAACACGUAUCCGGGUCAGAGCACCCCUCGUCCACCUCCACCUCCACCCCCUCCCAACUGGGGCGCACCACCAAUGCAGGGGCAACAGGUUUUCGUUCAAAGAUCAGCCGGUCCUGUUCCUCCAGGAGCAUUAGUAGUUAGACCAGGUGAUCCUCGGAUUGGUGGACAACUAUGUUGGAGAUGUAGUGGCUCAGGGAGAGAAAUAAGUUUCUUUGGAUUUGACGACGGUAGAUGCGGGGAAUGUAGAGGGCUAGGAAGGUUGUUCUAAUUGUUCUGAUUAGAAGUUCAUGUCUUUAGAGACGACCAAGCAUUGUGCGCCCGUACCAGAUUACAAGUCUUGAUAUACAUGAUUAUAUGUAG